CCAUCGGCACAGGUAUUCCAUUCUCAUCCUUCGUCCUCGUUAGAUCGCAUUGGCGUACGAGCUAAUCGCUUACAAUCCUUCGCUACAAGUGGCAAGUGACCAAACCGUAACAAAACCGCGCGUGUUUGUUCGUGAUUUGUGACAUCCCCGCCGUCCGUGUCAGCAAGUGUUGUUGUUGUUGUUGUUGUACCUGGUUGAUCGAAGCAACCGAAGAUUACAAAAUUCACCAAAGAAACCAAAGCAUCUUGGCUAGAAUUCUAACUUGAGGCACCUGCUAACUAGAUCGUGUUUUAGUUUGUUUGUUUUUUUCUUUCUCCCCUGUCAAAGUGUGGUGUAAGUGUUCUAUACUUGAGCUCCUUCUUUCUGUGCGAAGCAAACCUUGGAGCACGCGUCGCCGCAAUUCUAUUAAAUUACCAGUGCUUACCAUAUUGGGGGAAAAACGAGCGGUCGUUUUCCUUGUCGUAACCGUAACCCUGCAACGGCCUCACUAUUUUCCUAAUCAACUACAACAGCAGCAGAAUGCCGGGUCGUCCUCUGUGGCAGGUCGCCGGAAAGCGCGAUAAGGACCAGGAACGCGAAGCGCAACACUGGAUCGAAACACUGCUCGGUGAGAAGUUUCCCGCCGGUUUCGCGUACGAGGACUGCCUCCGGGACGGUAUCAUCCUCUGUCGGUUGAUGAACCGAUUGUCCCCCGGAAUUGUGCCGAAGAUCAACAUCAGCGGUGGCGACUACAAGAUGAUGGACAACAUCAGUCAAUUCCAGAAGGCUUGCAUCAAGUACGGCGUCGCGGAUGUGGACCUGUUCCAGACAACCGAUCUGUGGGACAAGAAGAACAUCGCCUUGGUUACGACCACCAUAUUUGCCGUGGGCAGAACGUGCUACCGUCACCCGGAGUUCCGUGGCCCGUACCUUGGCCCGCGCCCAUCGGAGGAAAAUCGACGCGAGUUCACCGAGGAACAGCUGCGUGCCGGCGAGGGGCUCAUCGGGCUGCAGGCCGGUUCGAACAAGGGUGCAACCCAGGCCGGUCUGAACUUCGGAGCCACCCGGAAGAUUCUGCUGGGCAAGUAGGUGAUCAGUCGUAAGCAGAUUCGAGUCCUUGUGGGACCGUAGCCCAUCGUGCGUCGCAUUCAUAAACUACAGAAGGCUUUCGUUGUCCGUUCGUUGAACGCUUGUCGCCGGCUGCGGUGAUUUCGAUAAGUUUGUUAAACAUUUAUUUAUUGAUUGGUCCAUCCGUACGAUAUCACCUUUUAUUUAUAUUUGUCAAUUUAUAGCGUCUAGGCAAAGCGAGUAUUAUUUACGAAUUUCUAAACUUUUUUUUAGCUACUUUUCUUUUACUUGAAAUCGAUAUUGUAUUCAGUGCAAUGAAAUAAAUUACAAUAACUAACGUAACAAU